AUUCAAGAAGAGACGCAGGAUGACUACGCAAAAAUCCAUUUCAGCAGUGUCUGCACUCUCUUAUUAAAAAAAAAACAAAAAGAGUCUGAACUCUCUGGAAACAAAAGAAAGCUCAAUAUAACAGAAGAAGGUCUGGGGAUUUUCAUGGCAUAGAGCAAUAACCAAAAAAGAAGAGAGAGAGAGAGGGUAACAAUCCAUGGAGAAAUCAAUGGAGGGCUCGCGAGAACUUCAGUGCGUGGGGAAAUUGGAGAUUGCGAAACCCAAGCCCGUCGGCUUCCUCUGCGGCUCAAUCCCCGUUCCCACUGACAAGGCCUUUCACUCCUUCACUUCCGCUCUCAUUCCUUCCCACCAAACAGUAAGUGCUCCUCGGUACCGGAUGCUUCCAACGGAGACGGAUCUUUAUAGACCGCCUCUUCUCUCCGGUUUUCCGGAGAAGUUUCUACCGCUCGCCGCCGUGCAGUCCAGAGCUUCUGGAGAUUUACCGUGGAAUGUUGGCACUGUUACAUCAAAUCUCACUAGAAAGUGUGAAGCUCUUGCCGUGUCCGGUGUGGUUGAAUAUGGAGACGAGAUAGAUGUAAUUGCUCCAGCUGACAUUCUGAAGCAAAUUUUCAAGAUUCCAUACUCUAAGGCUCGAUUAUCGGUUGCCGUUCAGCGCAUUGGACAAACACUUGUGCUAAAUGCAGGGCCUGAUGUUGAAGAGGGAGAAAAGCUUAUUAGAAGACAUAAUAAUCAAACAAAAUCUGCAGAUCAAUCUUUGUUUUUGAACUUUGCUAUGCAUUCAGUUAGAAUGGAGGCUUGUGAUUGUCCACCAAGUCAUCGUGUGCCAUCACAGGAGCAAUCAAACUCUUCUGUUCUUCCAGGAUUAAACGCUCCCCAGUUUGCUGGGCAGCAUGACAAUGUUGUGCAGCAUGAAGGACCAAAUCAUUGUUCAGGAUAUGCUCAGCUUAAGCAUGAUGGCUUGUUUUGGGGGAAUAAGAAAAACGAGAGAAAUAAGGGUCGUGAUCCGGUGAAAAAGGUUUCACAAGUUGGUGAGAAGCCCAGGUCAACGAUGCAAGAGUCUGAGAAACAUAAAAGAGCCAGUGAUGAUGGAUUUUUAAGGGUUUUGUUUUGGCAAUUUCACAAUUUCCGGAUGCUCCUGGGUAGUGACUUGCUGAUGUUCAGUAAUGAAAAAUAUGUUGCUGUUAGCUUGCAUUUAUGGGAUGUUACUCGUGAGAUUACUCCAUUGACAUGGCUUGAAGCCUGGCUUGACAAUGUCAUGGCAAGUGUACCUGAGUUGGCGAUUUGUUAUCAUCAAAAUGGUGUUGUCCAGGGUUAUGAGCUUCUGAAAACUGAUGAUAUUUUUCUAUUGAAAGGAAUCUCUGAUGAUGGCACUCCUGCUUUUCAUCCAUAUGUUGUCCAGCAGAAUGGACUUUCUGUUUUGAGGUUUCUCCAAGAAAACUGCAAACAAGAACCUGGAGCUUAUUGGCUGUAUAAAAGUGCUGGUGAAGAUGUAAUUCAACUUUUUGAUCUUUCUGUUAUUCCUAGCAAUCAUUCUUCCAGUGAUUGCGAUGAUUGCACAAGCUCCCUGCCAUCCAUGGUGCAUAAAGGGAGAAGUGACUCCUUGUAUUCUUUGGGGACUCUUCUAUAUCGAAUUGCUCACCGGCUGUCACUGUCAAUGGCACCAGAUAACAGGGCAAGGUGUGCAAAAUUUAUAAAACAAUGUCUGGAGUUUCUGGAAGAGCCAGAUCACAUGGUCAUACGAGCAUUUGCACAUGAACAAUUUGCAAGACUUAUUUUAAAUGAGCAUGAAGGUCUGGAAUUGAUAUCUGAAGCUUUUCCUGUUGAAUGUGAAGUUACAGUCUCUGAUGCAGAAGAAGAGUCUUCAUACUUUUUGAGCAAUGUUUCUGACUUGGAUGUUCAUGAAAACGUUUCCUCUGUGCUAACUGAGGGGGUGUCUCCGUGCAAAGUUGGAGAAAAUAUUCAAGAUUUAGUUACAGAUGCGUCAGUAAAGAUGACUUUGGAAGCAAAUGCAUCUUGUCCAAGAGAAACUAUAGAAUCAAGUAAUGUUAAUUUUGGAGAUUCCAGAGAAGCUGUACCAACACCACUGUGUGUUGACGAAAGGUGUACAGUGAGUGAAUUGUCUCCUACAACCACACAUGUUGUGGAAACUGUUGCUGAUCCAAUCUCCUCCAAGUUAGCUGCAAUACAUCAUGUUUCUCAGGCCAUCAAAUCUCUUAGAUGGAUGCGCCAACUGCAGAGCACUGACACAGAGCUGAAGGACAAGGAUAGUGAAACUCCUGAAACACCACCUCCAUCCAUGAAUCUUUCUAUUUGUGCUUGUGGCGAUGCCGAUUGUAUUGAAGUUUGUGACAUUAGGGAAUGGCUUCCAACGUCCAAGUUGGAUCACAAGUUGUGGAAGCUUGUUCUUUUGCUAGGAGAAUCUUAUUUGGGUCUUGGGCAUGCUUAUAAGGAAGACGGCCAAUUGCAUCAAGCUUUGAAGGUUGUAGAAUUGGCCUGUUCUGUCUACGGGUCAAUGCCUCAGCAUCUUAAGGACUCAAGAUUCAUCUCAUCAAUGACAGGUUGCUCAUUAUCUCAACCAAAAUUCAGCUAUAAAAAUCAAAAGUCAAGAUCUUACGAUGGUGAUGUGAGAGAUGUGAUCUCCAGCUCUAGUGAUCGUCCUACUUCUGAGCAAUUCUCUUCAUCAUAUCUAUUUUGGGCCAAGGCAUGGAUGCUACUUGGAGAUAUCUAUGUUGAAAAUUAUAUUGUUAAGGGUGAUAAGAUCUCUAUAGAAGCAGAGAGAAAAUCUUCUACUAAAGAGUUGAAAGUAUCAUCUGAGGUUGUAAAGGAAGUUAAAAGGCUCAAAAAGAAGCUGGGGCAGUAUAUGCAGAACUGCAGUUCAUGUUCUCUGGUAAACUGCAGCUGCCAGAGUGAUAGGGCAAGUAGCGGGAGCAGUGCAAGUAGUAGGAGUGGAGAUAUGCGCUCAUUACCUUAUGGGAGGAAACAGAACAAAACAUCUCAUGCUAAGAGCAAUACCUAUACACGGUUGGCAGAUCUUGAAGAUGAUGGUAGCAAUUGCAAAAUAGAAACCAAACAAAAUUCCGAAGGAAAACAUUUGCAGCACAAUAGAGAAACUGGAACUGUAACAAAUAUUUUUAAAACCGAUAAGUUUGUAGCAAGAUCUGCGGCAGCUAGUAAUUCUAAAAAGUUAGAGAGUACUUCGGAGAUGCAUGUCCUGGAAUUGUCCACGGCCUCUCAAUCCAAUAUUGCUUUGAGAGACACUCCAAAAGAAAAAAGUGGUGGCAUAUUCAAGUACCUUAGAGGUCCCAUUGGUGGAGAUGUUGAAUAUCUUCUUUCAUCUUCCUUGAGCUGUUAUGAAGAAGCUAAGAAUGCAUUGGGUGGACUUCCAUCUGGCUCAGGAGAACUACAAUCUGUUAUGAAAAAGAUAGGUUGGGUUUGCAAUGAACUUGGAAGAUACAGGCUUCAAACUAAAGAACUAACAAAAGCUGAAAUUUCAUUUGCACAUGCUAUAAAAGCAUUUAGAGAAGUUUCUGACCACACAAAUAUCAUAUUGAUAAACUGUAACUUGGGUCAUGGUAGAAGAGCGUUAGCUGAAGCGAUGGUGUCAAAAAUUGAUGAUCUAAAAGUACAUGGGGUCUUUCAGAGUGCAUACAACCAUGCUCGAGAUACUGCAAAACUCGAAUAUAGUGAAUCACUUAGAUAUUAUGGAGCGGCAAAGUCAGAACUAAAUACCAUGGCAGAAGAGUCUGGAACAGUGCCAAGCAACUUGCAAAAUGAGGUGUGUACACAGUUUGCUCAUACAUAUCUGAGGCUUGGCAUGCUAUUGGCAAGAGAGGAUACAACUGCAGAAAUAUAUGGAAUUGUAGUCAUGGAAGAUGAAGAUAUGUGUUACAGUAGUCCUACUGGGAGAAGAACGAGAAAAGAAGUGCAAAAGCAUGAGAUUGCAGCCAACGACGCUAUUAGGGAGGCACUGUCUAUGUAUGAAUCUCUGGGUGAAAUUCGAAAACAAGAGGCUGCAUAUGCGUAUUUUCAGCUAGCUUCCUACCACAGGGACUGUUGUCUGAAGUUCUUGGAGUCAGGACAUAAGAAAAGUACCUCUUCUAGAGGUGAAUGCAACACUCUACAACGGGUCAAGCAGUAUGCUUCUUUGGCUGAAAGGAACUGGCAAAGGGCGCUGGACUUUUAUGGCCCCAAAACGCACCCCGCAAUGUAUUUGACCAUACUGAUGGAGAGAUCAGCCCUUUCAUCAAGCCUUUCAAACCCUUUACACUCAAACGCUAUGCUGGAGUCGGCUCUAUCCCACAUGCUGGAAGGACGUAACAUAUCAGAAACGACUUUCGACUCAUUGAAAGUCGACUGUCCCGAGUUACAUUCCAAAUUUUGGGGUCAGUUGCAGAUGCUUUUGAAGAAAAUGUUGGCUGCAACUCUUUCGGGAGGCGCAAACAGACCUCCUGCUUCUCAUUCAACUCCAUCUUCAAACACAUCUGGAGACGCUGGAAAGCUUCGUGACCUUUAUGGAAAGUCUCUGAAGUCUUCCGAUUUCAGUCAAUUGAAUGCCAUGUACUCUUUGUGGACAUCCUAGUCUGGACGUGGCCUUUGAUCGUAAUCCAACAUUGAAUAUGUUCGUCAUAGCUGAUGAUUGUCUUUUAAUUUCUCAAUGCUCUCAAUCUUUUCUGAAACUUUUCCGCAGGUCGGUUUUGUUGUGUUUAGCAGUCUUCAUGUCUCGUACGGGUUAAAUGGGUUCUGAUUUUAUUUGAAUUUUGAACCGUUUUUCCUCUUUACGAAGAAUGUAGAGCGCUGUAUGCAAGAAGUUUUAAACUUAUAUCUGCGAACGUAAAGUUUGUAAUAUAUUUCGUGAUAUUUUUUUUCUA